CUCUCUCACACAGUCACACACACAGCAAAAGACGAUGAUCAUCCGAACAGUCCGAGCAACUUUUGCAUCAAUCAUUCUAUCAGUUCUCGUCUUCACAACUCUCUACCGCCCCCCUCUCUUCGAACAACAAAUCGCCGAAGAACACAAAUCCAUCAUAUACCCUGCCUUGGUUCACACGACAACGAAUUCUUCGCCGUUCAAUUCCAAUUGUGCAAUCGAAGAACAACAACAACAACAAGAUCAUCACUUACAAUUCUUCCUCAUUAUCUCAAUACUUUUUCCCGCCUGGGAGGUAAUUCUCCUUCUCCCUCCGAAUAAACUCUUACCGCCGGAUUCCACCGAUUUCUUCUGUUUAUACUCGAACAACCAUUCAUCUGAAGCGAUUCACUUAGGGAAAAUAUCCUCGCCGGAACGGCAGUUACUCAGAUGCAUAUUACCGGAAAGUAAUCGUCGCCGUCAGCCAUUUCCUCAACCUAAUUUGGUAGGUGGUAAUUCUCAAAUCGGAUUACCUUCUCCAAAAUCUAAAAUGCUUCAUUGGAAUUACAUAGUCUACGAAUCUCUAUCCACCGAACAAGACCUUAUCCUAUUCGUUAAAGGAAUCAAUAACCGUCAAGGAAUCAACAAAUCACCAACCGAAUUCCGUUGCCUAUUCUUCUUCGAUCAAAACAGAAUCAAAACCGCCGUCACCAUAUCUUCCCAAGAGGUUUUCCGAUGUAAUCUCCCUAUGAAUUCCAAUUAUCCGGCGACUAAAGUCACACUCGAAAUGGUCAAAUCGAAUCAAUUGAUCCCGUCGGUAGCGUACUACACUCCUUUCAGUAAACCAACAUCUAAACAAACCAAAUCGUUAAUGUGCGCUUGCACGAUGGUUUACAAUGUUGCCAAGUUUAUCAGAGAAUGGAUUGUUUACUAUUCGGCAAUCGGCGUUGAGAAAUUCAUCUUCUAUGACAACGGAAGUGACGAUGGGUUUGAGGAAAUUGUUAACCAGUUAAUCAAUGAAGGGUAUGAAAUCGAAACCCGUUUCUGGGUAUGGCAAAAGACUCAAGAAGCUGGAUUCUCUCAUUGCGCAAUUCAAUUUAAGGAAACCUGUGAAUGGAUGAUCUUCGUUGAUGUAGAUGAGUUCAUAUACUCCCCGUCCUGGAUUAAUUUCACAAACCCAGUUAAGAACAUGAUAAGUUCUCUCCUCCCUAAAUCAACAAACAUCAAGAACAGAGAAAUCAUCGCUCAAGUAAUGAUAAGUUGCUACGAAUUUGGUCCUUCAAACCAAACUGAACAUCCAGAGAUGGGUAUUACACAGGGUUAUGAUUGCCGGCGGCGUAUGGAUAAUCGACAUAAAUCAAUUGUUCUUUUGGAUGCGAUUGAUGAUUCGUUGUUGAACGUUGUUCAUCAUUUCAAAUUGAGAGAAGGAUACAUAAGAAGGAAGGUAAGUUUACGGGAAGCUGUUGUGAACCAUUACAAGUAUCAGGCAUGGUCAGAGUUUAGGAUGAAAUUUAGGAGAAGGGUUUCGGCUUAUGUAACGGAUUGGACACAAUCGGUGAAUCCUAUGUCGAAGGAUCGGACGCCGGGUUUGGGUUUUGACCCGGUUGAACCCUAUGGUUGGUCACAGAAAUUUUGUGAGGUAUAUGAUCAUCGGUUGAGAAAUUUGACCUGGAUAUGGUUUGGGUCAAAACAGGGUUCACAAAGAUUUUGAGGAAGAAUUAGUUUUGUAA